UGGCACUCGACAGCUCAAUGAAAGCCAGUGUAGCAACAACGCUUUCCGACUUGUCUGCUUCGUUCACCUGAACACUCUCUCUCUCUCUCUCUCUCUCUCCGACUUGUCUGUUUCCUCUCAAUCAAUCAAGAUGGGAAAGAAGCCCGUCAAGUACUGUGUGGUGGAUGCGUUCACGGACUCGGCGUUCAAGGGAAACCCGGCGGCGGUUUGUUUGUUGGAGGAUGAGAGAGACGACCAGUGGUUGCAAUCGGUUGCUGCUGAGUUCAACAUCUCCGAAACCUGUUACUUGAUUCGGACCACUGACCCUGACUCGGAGACUCGUGACUCGUCCUACUCAACCACAAACCCUAGGUUCCGCCUCCGGUGGUUCACUCCUGUUGCCGAGGUAAACCUAUGUGGUCAUGCAACCCUAGCAGCUUCACACUUUCUAUUCACAUCUGGUUUGGUGAAUGCCAACAAGAUUGAGUUUCUUACACGAUCGGGAGUUUUGACUGCUAAAAGAGUCCCAGAAACCAAACAAACAGAUUCCUUAAACUUAGAAAAUGGUGAAGCAGGAGAUUGCUUUAUGAUCGAGUUGGACUUUCCAGUGAUUCCUCUUACUGAAUUUGACUCUGCUGAGCUUCCAUCAAUUUCUAAAGUGUUGAAUGGUGCUUCCGUGAUUGACUUGAAGAAGACAACUACAGAUGGAGACCUCUUUGUUGUGCUCCCGUCCGGAAAGAUUGUUGCAGAUCUACAACCCCAAUCUGAUGAAAUACAAAAAUGUCCUGGAAGGGGAGUAAUUGUUACAGGGCUUGCUCCCUCUGGCUCUGGCUUUGACUUUUUUAGUCGCUUCUUCGUUCCAAAGAUGGGUAUCAAGGAGGAUCCUGUUUGUGGGAGUGCACAUUGUGCCAUUGCAGCCUACUGGUCGAAAAAGCUGGGGAAAUGUGAUUUUGUUGCAUAUCAGGCAUCCCCUCGAGGUGGCAUAAUAAAUCUCCAUGUUGACGAGAAGUGUCAGAGAGUACAACUAAGGGGUGAAGCCAUCACUGUAAUGGAAGGUUCUAUUUUGGUUUAAUUAGGAGCUACCCCAUCACUUAUGGAGUCUAAGUGGACUUCGCUCUUUGCGCUAAACAUCUUCAGUAGGACUUCCUUUGACCAUGUUUGAUGCUAUGUAUUAACCUCUGCUUGGAAUUUCAUGAAAUCUCUUUCUGUUACA